AUGCUCAUGUUCACUAGAGGAGCGGAACACAAUGAUCCCAAAAACCCUGACCCUAAGGGAUGCACCAAUGACACACAUAUGGAAAACAUCGACUCAAAGCCGGAGAGUCCUUCGGAGAAUAUGAGUGGCUGGUUGAGCUAUAUUCAUCCAAUAUACCUCCUGAUGCACUGGCCCAACUUCGUGAGGAUCAUGGCUAUCCAGGAGCCCUACAUCAACAGACACACAGACCAAGUGACCACAUAUUCACAAAUGCUUGGAAACCGCUUUGACCUCCUGAUCAAGCCUACUAGUAAGGACACUAAUGUGGCUAAUAUGCCACAGGUGUGCUUCUUUGUCAGCAAGGCACUGGAUCCAACGAAGUGGGCGAUACAGCAUCAUACUAAGGACCUGAACAUCUUGACACUGCGCACAAGAAUAGGCCCCAUACACAUUCAUAACGCAUAUAACCCCAGCCCUGUCACAGGCCAACCCAAACCAGGCUGA